UUUAGUUAUUCGCGUGAGUCCUGACUGACAGGGUGAAUUUCAGAUAACGUGAAACCUGGCAGAUUGAGAAGGAUACUCUGAGUUUGCAGGUGGAAGCUGGGACACUUCUGGCGCGUCACUUGAUAUAUAGUUUAAGAAAAUAGUAGGACACAGGAGAGAAUGUCUCUGGCAGAUGAGCUGUUGGCUGACUUGGAGGAAGCACGUGAUGUAAAUGAAGGACCUGAAGGGGAUGAGGGUAGUGGGCUUGAGGAUGAAGAUGGGACCCAGCUGGAGGAUGUGCCGGAGGAAAUGGAGAUGGAUAUUGGCAGUGCCGAGAGUGUGACAAGUAUUGCUAAACUUCGACAUAGUAAGGGGUUUGCAGAUAUUAUAGAGAAGAUAUCCGAACACGUUGGUAAUCAACGCAAGAACUCGGAUGUGCUUGGCCCUGUAGAAGCUGAUCCUGAAUACCGGCUGAUUGUGGAUGCAAAUAAUCUAACUGUAGAGAUCGAUAAUGAACUGAAUAUAAUUCACAAAUUUGUAAGAGAUAAAUACUCCAAGCGCUUUCCAGAACUGGAGUCUCUUGUGCCAAACUCAUUGGAUUAUAUCCGUACUGUUAAAGAACUCGGGAAUAAUCUGGACAAAUGUAAGAACAACUUGAACCUUCAACAGAUCCUGACCAAUGCAACUAUAAUGGUUGUAAGUGUGACAGCCUCCACUACACAAGGUGUUAUACUGGCUGAUGAUGAGCUGUUUCGUGUAACGGAAGCCUGCGAUAUGGCCCUUGAACUUAACCAAUCAAAACAUCGAAUUUACGAAUAUGUGGAAUCGAGAAUGUCAUUCAUAGCACCCAACCUUUCCAUCAUUGUGGGGGCUUCAACUGCAGCCAAGAUUAUGGGUGUUGCAGGAGGCUUGACUAACCUGUCCAAAAUGCCAGCAUGUAAUCUCAUGCUGCUUGGUUCACAACGACGUUCACUGUCUGGUUUCAGUACCACUUCAUUGCUCCCGCACACUGGCUACAUCUAUCAUAGUGAAAUUGUACAGUCACUUCCACCGGAUCUACGUCGAAAGGCUGCUCGUUUGGUGGCUGCAAAAUGUACUUUGGCUGCAAGAGUGGAUAGUUUCCAUGAAAGUGCAGAUGGGAAGGUAGGGUAUGAUCUAAAAGAAGAAAUUGAGAGAAAGUUUGACAAAUGGCAGGAACCACCACCAGUUAAGCAAGUGAAGCCACUACCUGCACCAUUGGAUGGACAAAGAAAGAAAAGAGGGGGUCGUAGGUACCGUAAAAUGAAAGAAAGGCUUGGGCUGACAGAGAUAAGAAAGCAGGCCAACCGAAUGACAUUUGCAGAGAUUGAAGAAGAUGCCUACCAGGAAGAUUUGGGAUUCAGCCUUGGCCAGUUAGGCAAGUCGGGCAGUGGUCGUGUUCGACAAGCACAAGUUAAUGAAGUGUCCAAAGCAAGAAUUUCUAAAUCUUUGCAGCGCACUUUGCAGAAGCAGUCCAUGGUGUAUGGUGGAAAGUCAACAGUUCGGGACCGAUCAUCAGGAACAAGUUCCAGUGUGGCGUUUACCCCUUUGCAAGGUCUGGAAAUUGUCAAUCCUCAGGCAGCUGAAAAGAAAGUAGCAGAAGCCAAUCAGAAAUACUUUUCCAACAUGGCAGAGUUCUUGAAGGUCAAAAGAGAAUCUGAGGGCAAACAAUGAACCAGAGAGGAUUUUUUUUUUUUUAAACUUGGACUUUAUUCUAAAUAUUACAAAGACAGCUGACUUCCUUGAAAGAGCAAUUUUCUGGUUGUUUCCGGUUUCAACAAACCAAGCUGUAUUUGUCUUGGGUUCCAGAGUAGGGAUGGAGAUUGGAUAGCUUGUGAUCUGUUUGAAGCAGAGGAGUAUUGUACUCUUUCUGCAAGCGUGUAUUUAUAUUCAGCAACUACUGACAAAGCAUGGAUAUGAUUUUUUUUUUCAGUAUGUAAAGAAACACAGUUGUGUGUAUUUGAUUUUUUUUCUGUAAUAAAUGUCCGUUUUUAUAAUGUGUA